AUGUCCAAACCCCUCGUAGUCGACAUCCACACCCAUGUCUACCCACCCUCAUACAUGGCAAUGCUCCGCGCCCGCAAAACAGUCCCAUACAUCCAUGAUCCAGAGCAAGGCGAACCACGCCUGAUAAUCCUCUCGUCAGACGAUGACCCAGCAAUCCCAAUCGAUCAGCGCGGCCGUCCAGUCGACUCAUCCUACUCCGACAUCAACGUCAAGCUAACCUUCAUGCAACAGCACGGCAUAGACAGCAGCGUGAUCUCGCUCGCAAACCCAUGGCUUGACUUUCUCGAGCCCUCCGAAGCCCAGCAAUGGGCGCGGCGCAUCAACGAUGAUCUGGAAGAAACCUGUGCGAGCGUCAACCGCGCCGGAAACCCGGAUCAGAAGCUCCCGCUCAAAGGCCGGUCUACGUUGUUUGCCUUUGCGGUUUUGCCCUUGAGUGCGCCGAGCCCUGAUAUCAUCGUGGAGGAGAUUCGGCGCGUGAAGACUUUGCCUCACGUCCGCGGUGUGAUCAUGGGCACUUCGGGGCUGGGUUCGGGUCUCGAUGAUGAGAAGUUGGGGCCUGUUUGGGCCGCGUUGCAGGAGACGCAGCUUCUGCUCUUUUUGCAUCCCCAUUAUGGUCUUCCGAAUGAUGCUUUUGGGGGUGCGGAGAUUACUGCCCGCUAUGGGCAUGUUCUUCCUCUGGCUCUGGGGUUCCCGCUGGAGACUACUAUCGCUGUGACGCGCAUGUUGCUUUCGCGUGUCUUUGAUGAGUUCCCGCGCUUGCAGCUUUUGCUUGCUCACUCCGGUGGUACGCUGCCGUUCCUGGCUGGUCGGAUUGAGAGCUGUAUUAUGCAUGAGCGGAAUUUUGUUGAGAAUGGUGGUAGCGUCCCGGGGCCGCAGAGGAGUAUUUGGGAGGUUUUGAAGACGAACAUCCUUCUUGAUGCGGUUGUCUAUGGAGUUGCUGGGUUGAAGGCUGCUGUCACGGUUGGCGGAGGUACUGACCGUCUUAUGUUUGGCACUGAUCAUCCCUUCUUCCCACCUUUGAACGAGGAGGAAAAGGAUUGGCUUAGUGUGACGACCAAUUACAAUGCUAUCGAUGAGACUUUCAAGGACGAGAAGGAGGUUGUGGCUGCUGUUCUGGGUGGCAACGCCGCUCGCAUUCUUAAUCUUGAAUGA